UCCUAGCUUCCACAGGCCAUGGAGCUGAGUGCAGAGGACGAGCUACCUGAGGGAGUGGGUCAGAAGGACAGCAGCGGCGCGAUGGGCUUCCUCGCGGCUGCAUCCAAGAACACCCAGAGCUGCUCACUCCCAGGUGUUGCCAUCACCAGUUGGACCACAGCCUCGUGUGCGUCAACUGCCUGGUCAAAACUACCAUCCUGGCGGAGAAUGAGGUGGAGGCCAACAAGCCAUCUAAUAACUACAAGCCCUGGGACUUAUACGUUGCCUACCCUUCCUAAGAAGAGAUCAGGCAAAUCUGGAGAUGCAUUAUAUGGGAAAGGGCUCUCUGUGCCAGCUCUUCUAGCCUUCUCCCAUUUUUCUCCCUGGAAGUUUGGUUUCAAGAAGUGGAAGAGUCAUGUGACUGCUCGGCCCUGGGAAGACAGACCGGAGAUUGUGCGGGAGCUCUAUGAUGACCUGUAUGCCGUCAGAAGCCCUCCUGGGAAACUAUGCUGGCACCUUGCUGGAUAUUUGCUCUGGCCAUUUGAUAAAGUGAUCCAGAAGAAGCCUUUCUCCCUUAGGUUGUGCAAGGAUGCCAGUAACUGUGACUCUGAACUGGAGAGCAGCCCACUUCUCGGUCAUCCUGAUGGGCCACUCAGGGCUCAUAAAGUGUCCUCCAGCCACCCAAAAUGUAGUCACUGGUUUCGAGUCAGCAUGGACAUCUGGCUUUUCCUGGGUUACCCUGUCUUGGUCAUCAUUCACAGCCUAAUCUGCUGCUUCUCCUGGCUCCUGGUGUUCAUUGCCAAGAUGAAUGCCAGGAUGGUGGCCAGGAUCCUACUGGCAGACCCAGAGCAGGUGCGCGUGCAGGCGAUAAAGGAGUGCCCUGCCCUACAAAACCGUGAGGACAGGGUUGGAGUUGGUCCAAGCAAAGAGCCGUGCAAACCUUGACCACAGUAGUUGUCACUGAUAGGCCGGCUCUAAGGCAUCCUGGCUUCAGAUGGAGCAGGCUGCCUUGAUGAGGAAACUGAGGCCUACAGAGAUCAAGCG